GAUAGAUAGAUAGAUAGAUGUAAAUGCACUGUCUGGUUUAGCGGCCGGGGAACAGCAGAAAUAUACAAGGGGCGGAUUAAGCAACUGAGCCGUACGCAGGUGGUGCGCGAUGCAUUCCGCUGCGCUUUCCUCAAAAACAGCCAAAGGUUUCUCUGGCUGCCAAAGCGAAGAGUUGCGAAAGCGAAAUUGACCUCCUUCUGCCCUUGAUGGCCAAGCCAGGCCUGCCUUUGCUCCCGUGUCCAUGCCCAGGCACGAAAAUCCAACGCCCUUAUUCAUGUUUAAGACCCAAGAUCAAGGAAAGCAAAAGGCUACUGAGGAACAUAACAAUAUGUGCCAAAGCGAACAUGAGGAAUAUUGUGUUGCUGUUUCUCUUGCUAGCUUUUGGACUUCACUGGACCCAGUACAAGUCCGGUCCCAAACCUGUAAGGACCUCUAUUGUCCAUCUUUUUGAAUGGCGCUGGAUUGACAUUGCUCUUGAAUGUGAAACGUACUUAGCUCAACAUGGAUUUGCAGGUGUUCAGGUUUCUCCUCCAAAUGAAAACCUUGUAAUUAUGAAUCCCUGGAGACCAUGGUGGGAGAGAUACCAGCCGGUUAGUUACAAGUUAUGUUCACGCUCUGGAAAUGAAAGUGAGUUCAGAGAUAUGGUGACUAGAUGCAACAAUGUUGGAGUCCAUAUUUAUGUGGAUGCUGUAUUCAACCAUAUGCUCAACUCCGCAGCUGGAUCUGGCAACCGUGGAAUCUGUAAUAGCUAUUUCAAUUCGGAACGCCAUGAUUUUCCUUCUGUCCCAUAUUCGAGAUUUGAUUUUAAUGAUCCAAUAUGUAAAACGCCCAGUGGGAACAUAGAAAACUACAGUGAUCCUAUUCAGGUGCGUUACUGCCGACUUUAUGGACUCCUUGACCUUUCCCAGUGGAAAGACGAUGUGCGUUCAAAAAUAAUACACUUCUUGAACCACUUGAUUGACCUUGGCGUGGCAGGGUUCCGAAUUGAUGCUGCUAAGCACAUAAGGCCCGAGGACAUAAAUGUUAUUUUAAGCAAGCUAAAUAACCUCAAUGCCCGAUGGUUCACCAAAGGUUCACGACCUUUCAUCUAUCAAGAGGUAAUUGAUUUGGGCGGUGAAGCCAUCCAAAGCUCUGAAUACUUCAGAAAUGGCCGAGUGACUGAAUUUAAAUACGGCAUGCAGUUGGGGACUGUCCUUCGCAAAUGGAAUGGACAAAAGAUGGCGAAUUUGAAGAGCUGGGGAGAAAGCUGGCACAUGAUGCCCUCUAAUAAAGCCUUCGUCUUUGUUGAUAAUCACGACAACCAGAGGGGACAUGGAAGUGGUGGGUCCUCCAUUCUCACGUUUUGGAACCCUAGACUUUAUAAGAUGGCAGUGGGUUUUAUGCUCGCUCAUCCCUAUGGAUUCACACGAAUCAUGUCGAGCUACUGGUGGCCUAAAGAUAUCCAGAAUGGAACGGACUUGAAUGAUUGGGUUGGACCACCAAGCAAUAGUGAUGGAUCCAUUAAACCUGUGACAAUUUAUGCAAAUCAAACUUGUGGCAAUGGCUGGAUCUGUGAACACCGUUGGGAUGAAAUUCGGAACAUGGUGAUAUUCCGAAAUAUCGUCUAUGGGGAGCCAAUUACAAACUGGUGGGACAACGAUAACAAUCAGGUAGCAUUUGGACGUGCUGGAAAAGGAUUUGUUGUGUUUAAUAAUGAUGACAGGAACUUGUCGGUAAUCCUUCCAACUGGACUUCCUGCUGGGGCUUAUUGUGAUGUCAUUUCAGGACGAAAGGAAGGCAAGACUUGUACAGGAAUUCAAAUCCAUGUGGCGGCUAAUGGCAUGGCACAUUUUCAGAUUAAUUACCAAGCAAAACAUCCCUUCAUUGCAAUUCAUGUUGAAGCCAGACUGUAAUAUAUACUGAUGAACAUUUCUCCUCUUUGAUUGGGUUCUGUUCUCUGUGUAUUAUAAAGCUGAUUUUAUACAUUUAUUAUUUAUUACUUCUGUAGGCUGAUUCUAUCAUAACUCACGAUGUUAUACAAUGUAAGACAACGUACAGCAAUGCAAUUCAAAACGAUACCAAAAACAUGUGGAAUAAAAUAAUAUAAACUUUUAACAGAACAGUUAUCCUGCAAGGAAUCCAUUCCUAUCCGUUUCUAAUCCAAGACCCGGGAGAAGAGCCAUGCUUUUAAGGAUUGUUUAAAUAUAGUCAGUGAAGUCCAUGUGAAUAUCUGGGGGAGGGUGUAAUUUCAAAGAGGAUAGCAAUAGAAAUAGCACUUAAACUUUUAUAC